AUGGAAACUACAGUCAGAGCUUACAACCGAGUGCUCCGCAUGGCCGGCAUUUCCAUAUUUUGCAAGAAAAAUUGGAAAUCAAAGAAAUGGCUAACAUUCCAGAUCCUAACUUUAGUGUCUAUGUUUAUGGCCAUCGCCUUCUCUACCGCUUUCACUUUGUCCUGCUUGCCAGAUUUACAUCUCAGCAUCGAAUCCGCAGUCGUCGCUUCAACGUUUUACAUAACUUUUCUCACCUUGUACCUGUAUCUAGGAAACAAACGCAAAUUCGAAGUCUUCUUAACCGAAAUGGUUUUCAUCGACCCCGCUUUAGAGAACCCGUUUAUCAAAUACGUUCUAGAUUCUCGUUCAAUGGGGGAUAAAAUGAAGGAAUUUAAGUCUUUUAUAAUUAGUUCUCAAGAGAGAUUGUUGCGGCUGUCGAGGUUUUUUUUACAGAUGUACGUGUUCUGUGUGGCGUUCGUUGUUACAUUGUAUAUGUUUGCUCCCAUGUACACCUCGAACCAAGAACUAACGUUGGAUUUGUUGAAGUACGGCGUACAUCUGACUCUCCUCAUGGUGGGAAUAUGCAUCUUCAGUUAUCAGGGACAGAUGAUAGACGAUGCGUGUGCGGAGUUAGAAGCAGCUGUGAUGGAGAAGUGGUAUAUUUUCAACCAACAGCACCAGAAGAAUUUAUUGAUAUUCCACGUGGCGCUCAGUCAGCGGAUGCCGCUGUAUAUUUACGGCUCUGUUACUCUCACUUUUGAAACAUUCACUUGGUUCGUCAAAACUGGGAUGUCAUUUUUUACAUUAAUGAUGUCUGUAUUGGAAAAGUAA